AUGAGCGACGAAAAGGUUCUUUUUACGUGUCUUUCAUGCUCCAUCGCCUUUCCAUCUCCAGAAGAGCAGAGGCUCCAUUACCACUCUGAUCACCACAGGUAUAAUAUGAAACGUCGUGUCGCAUCCCUUCCUCCAAUCAGUGCUUCCCUCUUCGCCCAGAGGGUAUCAGAAAGAAAGGCUGAGACCGCCGUCACAUCUUCUUUGAAGGAUUUUACCUGUGAUAUUUGCAGCAAGGUUUAUGCGACCGAAAAUGCCUACCGGUCUCACAAUCAGUCAAAAAGGCACAAAGAAAAGGAAUCGAAGUCGAUUGGCAUCCAAGCCACAGCCCAAGACGCAACCCUGGCACCUCAAGUUCAAAAGCCGUCGCCCAAUUCGCAGGCCUUACCCAUUCCUCGUGACUUCAAUCCUCCAGAGAUCCAGGACCUGAGCGAUGGCGCUAACUUUGAAGUUGAAGUCAACCAAGCCAUUGAUGAAAAAAUUGCGGCUGCCCGAUCUAGGCUCUCCCCCGUGCAGUGUCUUUUCUGCACUCAAGAGUCCACUUCGCUUGAAAACAAUCUGACCCACAUGUCACUUGUCCACUCAUUUUUUAUUCCCGAUGCAGACUAUCUUAUCGACAUCGAAGGUGUGAUAAAUUACCUCGGGGAGAAGAUUGCUGUUGGAAAUGUAUGCAUUUUUUGCAACACGAAGAGUAGAGAGUUCAGAACCUUAGAAGCCGUUCGGAAACACAUGAUUGAUAAGUGCCAUUGCAAAAUUGGCUACGAAUCCGAGAACGAUCGCCUUGAAAUCUCCGACUACUAUGACUUCACCUCUUCAUACGCCGACAUCACAAAGCCAACCAAGCAUCGCGACGCUGACAAUGCAGCCUGGGAGGACGUGUCGGAUGACGGUGACGAGGAAGAUGUUGAUGAAGUCGUAGAUGAGGCCGAAACAGACGUCAGUGACUCUGAAGACAGCCUUCCUGACAAUCAAAUCACCUAUGGUGACUCACAUCUCGAACUCGUCCUACCUUCCGGUGCCAGAAUUGGCCACAGAACUCUCCGUAGAUAUUAUGGACAGUCUUUCCCUGGUGCCAUAAGAUCAGGGAAAUCGGAAGACCCGAAUUCUGGAGCGGCUCUUGUUCGACGGCUGCUCGCAGACAAGAACGCAGCUUUAGUCCCAUGCAAGGGUGGUUUUGGCGCAUUUGGCAGUGGAACUCAAGUCGUUAAAGCAAGGAACAAGGGUGAAGCACGUGAAGCAGGACGGCAUGUACGGGAGUUCCGAGACCAAAAGCGACGAGAAGACUUCAAGACAAAGGUUGGGUUUAUCCACAACUCACAGAAGCAUUACAGAGAUCCAUUGUUACAGUAG